CCGUGUCCGUUAAUAUUCUAUGAUUUUGACGUGUCGGUGAUCAGUCCUUUGUACAGACCGGCCACGUUGCUUUACGAACGGUUGGCUAGUUUGAGAUAUUUUCUAUAUAAAAAUAGUGAUAACUUUACGAAAAAUUUUUGAUCUGAUGCUCUUAUUGUAGACGCAUGUAUAUAUUUCUUGUGAUAAGUAUACAUAUAGUGAGAAUUUUGUGAUUAUGUUAAGUAAUCUAACCAAAGUUUUUACUUGUAUUGAUAAGUCUGUAAGUGCAUUAAAUAAAUUGCAUAUCACUAAAAUUCAAGCUACAUUCUAUCAAAUAACUUCAAGCCGAUUUUCUAUAAAGGAGUUAAAGAUGCGUUUAAAGGCAGAACAGAAAUUGAAUGAAAAAGCAGUAAAAGAAGCAGAAAGGGCUACAAAAGAAGUUCAAAACGUACAAACGAAGAAGAUCUCUAUUAAAACUCCAGAGAAAAAGGUCGUUAAAGAAGAAGAAAUCAAUCCAAAUGAAUAUUUUAAGUUGAGAACUCAAGCAAUUGAACAACUUAAAGCUGCAAAUGAACAUCCAUAUCCACAUAAAUUUGAUGUAUCAAUUUCAUUAGAAAAUUUUAUUGAAAAAUUUAGUUCUGUUGUAAAAGAUGGAGAAAUUCUUGAAAAAGAAAUUUACAGCAUAGCUGGCCGUGUGCAUGCAAUACGAGAGUCUGGAGCCAAACUUAUUUUUUAUGACCUUAGAGGAGAGGGUGUUAAAAUACAAGUAAUGGCAAAUGCAAGGCAUUAUGAAGGAGAAGAUAAAUUUGCUAAGGACACAUCCAAAAUUAGGAGAGGCGAUAUAAUCGGUGUAAUUGGAAAUCCUGGAAAAACCAAAAAAGGAGAAUUUUCUAUUAUGCCAAAAAGUAUUACUCUUCUUACUCCUUGUUUGCAUAUGUUACCGCAUCUUCAUUUUGGAUUAAAAGAUAAAGAAACAAGAUACCGUCAACGUUAUUUAGACCUUAUUUUAAAUGACAGAGUGCGACUAAUAUUUUACACUCGAGCAAAAAUAAUUGCAUAUAUGCGUAAAUUUUUGGAUGAAUUAGGUUUCUUAGAAGUUGAGACUCCUAUGAUGAGUAUGAUAGCUGGUGGUGCUACAGCCAAACCUUUUAUUACUCAUCAUAAUGAAUUAAAUAUGGAUUUGUAUAUGAGAAUUGCUCCAGAACUUUAUCACAAGAUGUUGGUUGUUGGUGGUAUAGACAGAGUUUAUGAAAUUGGUAGACAGUUCAGAAAUGAAGGCAUUGACAUGACGCAUAAUCCUGAAUUUACGACAUGUGAAUUUUAUAUGGCUUAUGCUGACUAUCAUGAUCUCAUGUCUAUUACAGAAGAUUUGAUUUCCGGAAUGGUAAAAGCUAUUCACGGUAGUUACAAAGUACUGUAUCAUCCAAACGGAGUUGAUGGAGAAGUAGUAGAGAUAGAUUUUACACCACCGUUUAAACGGAUAUCGAUGAUGAAAACUUUAGAGGAAAUUUUGAAAGUAAAAUUACCAGAUGCUGAUAAGCUUGAUAUAUUGGAAGCCAAUACAAUGCUUAAUGAUCUUUGUGUAAAGCAUGAGAUUGAGUGUCCUCCACCAAGAACAACUGCCAGGUUAUUAGAUAAACUUGUUGGUGAAUUUAUAGAAGAAAAAUGUAUAAAUCCUACUUACAUAUUAGAUCAUCCACAAAUAAUGUCUCCAUUAGCUAAAUGGCACCGUUCAGAUGCAGGCCUUACAGAACGAUUUGAGUUAUUUAUUAUGAAGAAGGAAAUCUGUAAUGCAUAUACAGAAUUAAAUGAUCCCCUAGUGCAAAGAGAAAGAUUUGAACAGCAAGCAAAAGAUAAAGCAGCAGGAGAUGAGGAAGCUCAAAUGGUAGAUGAGAAUUUCUGCACUUCCUUAGAAUAUGGAUUACCUCCAACUGCAGGUUGGGGGAUGGGUAUAGAUCGACUUUGCAUGUUUUUGACGGAUUCAAAUAAUAUUAAGGAGGUAUUACUGUUUCCAGCCAUGAAACCAGAUGAACCAAACAAAAAUAAAUCGAUAUCUGAAGAUAAGUCUAAUGACAAUAUUAAAGAGUCUUGUGAAAAAUAAUGGAAAAGCUUUUAUCUUUUAUACUAAUUUACAGAACAUUUAAUUACUAUAUAAACUAAAUAAAUUAAUGCCAUAACGAUAA